GCUGCUUAGCAACUCGUCUAGUUUAGCUAAUCAGGCCUUAGUCCUGUUGUAUAACUAGUAUUUUCCAGCUAAGUUUCAUCUUUGCUUGUCGUUUGGUUUCAUUUGCCCGAUCAUUAUUCUUUUUCCUGUGUGUACCCGAAGCGAGCAUCCACACAUUUCUUUUAGACUCUUUCAAUGCCUGUUACAAACAUGCCGGUUUUAAACCCAACACAAAUACACCCUGGUUUGCCACUCAACGUUAUUGCACCACACAUGAUGGCAGAGAGACAACCGAUCCCAUCAGUCCAGUUUCGGCAUCAGGAGAAUGUUUUCUUCAUGCCUGUCAUGCGACCCCAAUUUAACCCAUUGUUCCAUCAAAUCCUUCCACAUCAUUUUUACACACCACACACAAUGAUGGAGAUGCGACAACAAUACUUCACCCAAUCAAUCCAGCAGAGUCCAACAGCUGGGAGAAUUUCCAAUGAUGCUAGUCUGAUGACCGCUAGAGGCUUUUAUUCCACUCCCCAGCCUCCUCGGCGCGACCUGCCACUUCUGUCUAUAAGGCAGAGUAAACCGAUUAGAAUUCAAGACCCCAAUAAAGGAGGCCAAGACGUCUCCCUUGAUGAGCUUCGGAGAGGAAGAACUGUGCUCUCUGUGACACAAUCUCCUCAACCUGAACCUCAGCGUCCAGUCCAACCCGUUGGAAUUCCUGAAGGGUCUGUACCAACAACCUACACUGGGAAAAUAAUCGUUCGGACCGAAAUUGUGGAGAAGGAUGAGAACAAGGAGGAGCAGACUGAGAAAGUCAUGGGGCAGAACAAGCAAGUUGCUUCAUCCACCCCAAAAUCUUCUAAAAGUCCUACAUGGGCAGAAGUUUUGAGGGGAGGGAAGCGGACGGAGAACGUUGAGACAAGCAGGGAGGAGAAAACACAGGCUGAGAAGCCUGAAGUGCGAAAGAAUCAACAACAGCUGUCUGAAAACACCAGGAAAUCUCAGCUCAGCGACUAUGCUAAGAAAGUUGAGCUUUACAUCUGGAACCUCGACUACAGCGUGGACAACAAGCGCCUGUACAAAGCUUUCCUCCCAUUUGGAACUAUCAUCCAUGCCAAGGUGAUGAUGGAGGACGGCCGCUCCAGGGGAUUUGGCUAUGUCAGCUAUUCCUCAACAGCCGAAGCAGAGACAGCCAUUAAAGAAAUGAACGGGAAGAUGUUGGGAAGGAGGGCAUUGAAUGUGUCUCUCUCUAAAGCUAGAGAGGAACGACCGCCUUACCACACCCGGGGAAAGCAAAUGAGCAGUCGACCAGCCAAACCCCUGCAGUCUUCUCAAAAGGAGACAUAAAUGGAUUGGUUCUUUAUUACAGUAUAUAAAUUUUGGUGUAAAAACAAACAAACAAACAA